AUGCUUUGAGAAACAUUUUCCUUUUCACCAAGUGGAUGUAAGAGUCAUGGCUAAAAGCAGAUUUUAAACAGAUAUUAGAUGACUGAACCUUCUGAUUCAUAUCUUCUGCUCUCCAGUGGAUGGAAAGUGUUCGUCCUGGGUGAGCUGGGGAGCCUGCAGUGUUUCCUGUGGAGGUGGGACCAGACAGAGGACACAUCUCUGUGCCAGCCCCACACCUCAGCAUGGUGGCAGGCAGUGUGAGGGCAACGAUGUGCAUAUUGACUUCUGUAACAGUGAGUUAUUUUUAUUAUUUAUCUUUUAUUCAGUCUUGUUACUUUUAUAUCACAGAUGUCCUGUAUAUCUCAUCCCGUGUUUUAUAUCCAUUUCUUUUCUUCUAACCGUUUUUUUUUUUUUUUUUUUUUAACCACUUUAUCUCAGUCAAUGGUAACUGGGGUCCAUGGAGCAGCUGGGGCAGCUGCAGCAAGACAUGUAAUGGAGGUCAGAUGAGGCGCUACAGGACCUGUGACAACCCCAGACCUGCCAAUGGUGGGAGAGCUUGUGCAGGUGCUGAUACACAGCUACAGAAAUGCAGCACAGUCAGCUGCCCCGUUGAUGGUAACUGGGCUUCAUGGCAGCCUUGGGGAGAAUGUUCUGCUUCCUGUGGAGGCGGUGAGAGGACACAUGUUCGGCUCUGCAAUAGUCCAUCUCCCAGUAACGGUGGCCGGCCGUGUCCAGGAGACUCCACCCAGCUGUCCAGGUGUAACACGCAGGCCUGCCCAGGUGGGCCCCAGAAGGCUCGAGGAAACAUUAUAGGGAACAUCAAUGAUGUUGAGUUUGGCAUCGCCAUCCUUAAUGUCACCAUCACAGAUAGCAAGUCUGGCAGCAAAAUCAUCAAAGCCACAAUUUCUAAUGUAUCGAGGACAUUAGGUCAGUCUUCCAACGGUUUCAUACCACACUGCAUUAUAAAGUAAGUUGUCCUCUUGAAAUUUCUUAGUGUGACUAAAUUUAAGGCCUUUAAAUUCAAGGGCCUGCAAUGAGGAAGCUCAUCUCCAUCCUGAACCCCAUCUACUGGACCACUGCACAGGAAAUAGGGGAGGCUUUUAGUUACAACUUGCCUCCAAUGUCUAGCCUUGAGCUGGGUUGUGACACUGUCUAUCUAUUAUCUGUCUAUUGCUUCGGGUAUAUGAGACAGAUCUAGCACUGGUCUCUUCUUAGCCGGCUGUUUUGGCACCACUGUUUGCAGCAACCUCCUCACUAGGUCCAGGCGUCCUGUCCUGAUCAGAGCCCUGGAUAACUCCGGGACAUCCGCCACGUGUGGCCUGUAAAGGUACUUCAGCUCAGCCUUCACUACGUCCUGAGGAUACCUCUCCUCUGCCUUGUCUAACCACAGCUUCAGCUGGACAGUCAAGAAGAUGGACAACAAUAAUGCUAGACACGCCACAAAGCUUAUCGUCAAAGUAACACGCGGUAUUAGUGUUUGACAGGUUAGCAACCCAAUAAGCACGAAAGGAUAUAUUAAGCAAAAAACAUAAAUAGGUCUUCUAAUUUUCACUGUUCUCGGAUCCAAACCACUUGGUUUGAUCUGUAAGCAGGUGGGCAUGUGUAAAUCCUGCUCACAGAACUGUAUGUGACAGUAAAAUUAGAUUCAACCACACUUCUGGUGUAGGUUUAAGGUUUCAGGUCCAUGGCUUGCUGACUAUUUAGCAGAAAACUCUCAAAUCUUCUAUGACACUCUGGAAGGCCUGAAGAAAACUCCUGUGUUUCUCUUUAUAUCUCUGCUCUACUGUAUUCCAAGUCAAAAAGGCUCCAACUCAAAAAACUGAUCUGAGGGUCUCAUUUAAAUUAGAUUUAUGCUUUAAGUGAACCUAUGAACAUUACUGACCACAGAGUAAAGCUGUCAUGAAAUUAGUUUACUGUUCCAUUGUAAUACAGCUGUCCAAUCACUUCAAUAAAAUUUCACUGAAAGCUGUCUCAUCCAUGACAAAUGAACAUCAAAUCCAUCAGUUUCAUGGAGCUAAUACAUAAGGCAGCAGCUUAUUUAAGGCACUGAUGUUAGCUCGUGGGCAAUUUUUACCAACAUAACUAGCAGGUUACACAGAAUAUAUUACAAUCUGACAAACACUCUAGUAUACAGAACAUGUAGGUCUCCUAUUAUUGUCAACUUAGAACAAACAGUCUGUUAGACAGCUAACACAAUUAGCACGAGUGAACGUAGAUUACCCGUUAGCCGUUUGGCUAACGUUGUCAAUUCAGUUAACAAUACCACAGUUUAGCAUAACGGCUAGCUGCCUUUUGCUUGAAGUUAACUCACCAGCGCCAAGUGUCACCUAUUAGCGGAGAAAACAGCGUCAAGUCUCUCUAGACUCAGGUGGAAAACAGCAGUAGUUCAGGUCCUCUGCAGCUCCACCAUCACAAACUCAACAACGUUUCACUGAUGGAGUCUCAGCUCUGCUUCUCUGACCGUCAACCAACGCUAAGAUCGACACAGUCUGGGGCGGGACAAACACCGUUAUUGGUUACUGAAGUAAAACAACUGCAUGCACAACUGGCAACAAUCGUCGAACGUGAUGUCACAAUCAAUCAAAGCGCAGAUGUUGUGACAUCACUGAUGAUGCACUCACUAAAAGACUACAAAUUCGGAAGACUUCAAGUAAUACGAUCAGAAACAAGCUUGGCGAUUUCCUGAAGACACACAAGCUUGGCGAUUUCCUGAAGAC